AUGGUGAAGUCAAAGUCCAAACCAAAAAGGACAGAAUAUCCAAGUCUUUUGUUUUAUGGAUCUGCAAUUUAUGAUUUUUUAUCACCUUUUAAAAGAGCUCAAAAUCAAUGGGCAGCUCGUUAUAUAGUUGUUAUAUUUGCUAUAAUAAUAAGAUCAGCUAUUGGAUUUGGUUCAUAUUCAGGCCAUGCUAUACCACCUAUGUUUGGUGAUUUUGAAGCUCAAAGACAUUGGCUAGAGAUCACACAACACUUACCAAUAAGUCAAUGGUAUUGGUAUGAUUUACAAUAUUGGGGGUUAGAUUAUCCACCAUUAACUGCAUAUCAUUCAUGGAUCUUGGGGAAAUUGGGUUCAUUGAUUAAUCCUGAGUGGUUUGUACUAGAUCUUUCAAGAGGUUUAGAAAAUCAAGAAUUAAAAUCAUUCAUGAGAUUCACAGUUAUAUUAAGUGAAAUUAUUAUUUUCAUUCCUGCAGUUUUCAGAUUUACAAGAUGGAAUGGUAAACAUAUUAAACAAUCACCAAUUGAUCAAACCAUCGCUGCUUCAAUGAUCCUUUUCCAACCUUCAUUAAUGGUUAUAGACCAUGGUCAUUUCCAAUAUAAUUCAGUAAUGUUGGGAUUUACAUUAUUAUCAAUUGUUCAUCUUUUUUAUGAAAAUUAUUUAUUUGCAUCAAUUUUUUUCGUUUGUUCAUUAGGUUUUAAACAAAUGUCACUAUAUUAUUCACCAAUUAUUUUCUUUUAUCUAUUAUCAAGAUGCUUUAAUCAUACAGAUUCAAAUUUACCAUGGAUUCAAAGAAUAAAUUUCUUAAGAUUAAUACUUAUUGGUAUAACAACAAUUUUAUCAUUUGUGGUACUUUUCGGUCCUUUGGUAUUAUUUGGUGAUUUCCAAAACUUAUUACAAUCAAUCAAUAGAAUUUUCCCAUUUGAUAGAGGUAUUUUUGAAGAUAAAGUUGCAAAUUUUUGGUGUUUUGGUAAUAUUUUCAUAAAAUUCCGUACAUUUUUAACUCAACAACAAUUAUCAUUAAUAGCAUUAUCAUUAACUACAUUAUCAUUCUUACCAGCUUGUAUAAUUAUUUUAUUAUAUCCAAGAAAAUGCUUAUUACCAUGGUCAUUAAGUGCAUGUUCUUUAGGUUUCUUCCUUUUCAGUUUCCAAGUUCAUGAAAAAUCAAUCUUGGUUCCAUUAUUACCAAUCACUUUAUUAUACUCAACAAAGAAUACAGAUGAAAUAGCAAUGGUUUCAUGGAUAAAUAACAUUGCUUUAUUUAGUUUAUGGCCAUUAUUGAAAAAAGAUGGAUUAAUGAUUCAAUACGGUGCUUUAUUCUUAUUAUCAAAUUGGUUAUUUGGUAAUUUAAGUUUUAUAACCCCAAGAUUUUUACCAAAUUUCUUGACACCAGGUCCUUCAAUUUCUGUUAUUGAUGGUGAUUUAAAAAAAAGACAUGGUUUACCUUCAAGUCUAUUAUGGAGAUUGAUCAUUUUAUUAUCUUAUACAGGUAUUGCUGUGAUACAUUUUGUUGAUUUAUUUGUUAAACCACCUUCUCAAUAUCCUGACUUAUGGGUGUUAGCUAAUGUUUCAUUAUCAUUUGGUUGCUUUGGAUUGUUUUGGUUAUGGAUUUAUUAUAAAUUAAUUGUUCUAAGAGAUGUUGCGCAUUGA